GACGCCGUUCACGUCGUAAGUGUGCCAACUGUCAUAUUAUAUUGAAUACGUACUGAGGUGGCCGCCAGUCGCCACUCGCGAUAUCGAUUAGUUUGUUCACCAGUCACGGAUUUAGUUAUCACCACGUGCUCGUGUUCGCGUAACGCGCCAUGACCAAGCGCGCGGACCCCGACAAGUUCACGGUGUCGAAGUACGUGCUGCUGCCCGGCCUGUGCCUGGCGCUGCUGGUGCGCUGCUGCGUGGCGGCGUACCCGUACUCCGGCCACCGCAAGCCGCCCAUGUUCGGCGACUUCGAGGCGCAGCGCCACUGGCAGGAGGUGACGCUGCACACGCCGGCGCGCGACUGGUACCGCAACACGACGCACAACGACCUGCAGUACUGGGGGCUGGACUACCCGCCGCUCAGCGCCUACCACAGCCUGCUGCUGGGCCUGCUGGCCGACUGGCUGGAGCCCGAGUCCGUGCGCCUGUUCGCGUCGCGCGGCUACGAGAGCGACAGCCACAAGAGCUUCAUGCGCUGGAGCGUGCUGCUCAGCGACGUGUACUUCUACUUCACGGCCGCGCUGUGCCUGUGCAUCGACCUGGAGCGCGUGGUGCCCGCCGCCGAGCGCUCCGUGUUCAAGCGCACCGACCUGGCCACGGGGCUGUGCCUGCUGUACCCCGGCCUGGUGCUGGUGGACCACGGCCACUUCCAGUACAACUGCGUGUCGCUGGGCCUGUUCCUGUGGGCCACCUUCUUCAUUGUCGCCAUCGAGAAAGAUGUAAUGGCCACGGCUCUGUUUGUGCUGGCGCUGAACUACAAACAGAUGGAGCUAUACCACGCGUUGGCCUUCUUCAUCUACUUGCUCAGGAAGUGCUUCAUGAGCACCUCCAACAAAGGCCGCAAGGCGCACAUCUUACGGCGGUUUGUCAAGCUGGCCUUCACAGUCGUUGGCACAUUCGUGAUAGUGUGGUAUCCACUGCUUCAUUCGUGGGAUGGCGUGCUGCAGAUCCUGCAUCGACUGUUCCCGGUGAAGAGAGGCGUGUUCGAGGACAAAGUGGCCAACGUGUGGUGCUCCGCCAACGUGUUCAUUAAACUGAAGUAUGUGUACAACAACGAGGAGAUGGUCCAGACGUGCCUUCUGUCUACACUGGUGGCAUGCCUGCCCUCCUGCUUGGACUUUUUCUUCAGAAUCAACAGAAAAAAGUUUAUCCUGUGCUUGGUGAAUGUGUCAUUGGCAUUCUUCCUCUUCUCGUACCAAGUCCACGAGAAGUCAAUCCUGCUAGUGGCCGUCCCGGUCACCCUCUACUUACCGGAGGACCCCUUCAUGUCAUUCUGGUUCCUCCUGGUGUCCACUUUCAGUAUGCUGCCACUGCUGCUGAAGGACGGGCUGUUGGUGCCUUUCCUGUGCUGCAGCCUCAUCUACGUGAGCUUCUACAGCCUGGCGCUGCACCUAUCGGAGCGCGGCACGGGCGUGCUCAGCUUCCUGAGUGCCCACACGGUGUACUCGGUGGCCAACAUCCAGAAACACAACCGUGUGGUGCUGAAGCUGUUCAGCACGCUGUUCUUCUUCUCCCUGCAAGGCAUGUUCUGGCUGGGGCUGGGCUCGCUGCUGGUGGCGCCGCCUCCGCAGUACCCCGACCUGUUCCCGCUGCUCAUCUCCGUGUACUCGUGCCUGCACUUCGUGUGGUUCCUGGCCUACUUCACCUACAGCCAGCUGCAGCUGCCGACCUGCCUGCCGCUGCAGCCCAAGCUGAAGAAGAACUGAGCGCGGCACACCACUCCAUACACAAAACGUUCCAAAUAUAUUUUUAUUCUUUCUUUAUAA